GGCGGAUGGAGGGCGCAAGCGGGCGGCCGCGGCGGCUGCACCCGGCGGGGCGCUGAUGCGGCGCCUGGACCUUCGCUGCGCGACUUCGGGGGCGUCGGCCGAGAGGGCACUCCGCGAUGCAGCUCCUGAAGGCGCUCUGGGCACUCGCCGGCGCCGCGCUCUGCUGCUUCCUCGUCCUGGUGAUCCACGCGCAGUUCCUGAGAGAAGGUCAGCUGGCCGCCGGCACCUGUGAGAUUGUGACCCUGGACCGGGACAGCAGCCAGCCCCGGAGGACGAUCGCCCGGCAGACGGCUCGCUGUGCCUGCCGCAAGGGGCAGAUCGCCGGCACCACGAGAGCCCGGCCCGCCUGCGUGGACGCCCGCAUCAUCAGGACCAAGCAGUGGUGCGACAUGCGGCCCUGCCUGGAGGGCGAAGGCUGCGACCUGCUCAUCAACCGCUCGGGCUGGACGUGCACGCAGCCCGGCGGGCGCAUAAAGACCACCACGGUCUCCUGACAGACGCAGCCCCCCAGGGGCCUGCGAGGGGCCGCGGCUGCCCGGAGAGGCCCCACCUUGGCGAGGCCACACCUGGGCCAGGCCGCCCCACCACGGAUGCUCCCCGCUCUCGGCCGUCGGCCCGCCCUCCGACUCCCCUCGGCCCGACACGGACAGCCCACGCCCCGGGCCGCCUGCGCUGAGUCUGUCGGCUGCAGAAGGAGUCGGCCUGGGACGCAGGGGGGCCCCCGGGGCCCCGGGAGCCCAGCCUCGCCCGCCCUUCCUGGCCGGACACUGGCGGUGCCCCCCGCAGAGGACCAGGACGCGGACGCACAGGAGGAGGCCGAGGCCGGAGCGGCGAGGACAGCGCCGGCCGGGAGACGGACUCUGGGGCGCGGACGCGGCCUCUCCCUGCGCCCGGACUGUCUGAAUCACUUUUAUUUUCUUACCCUGUCAGUAUGUACUCGAUAGACCAAAGAGCAAAUCUAUUUUAACGUGGACGCGCCCCCAGGCCCGCGGCCCCGGGGCCGACGGGGGCGCCAGCCGGGCGGAGAGGGCGGCUGCGGCAGAGGCGCCCACCACACGGACACCGCGGCGCGCCCUGAGCCGGCCGAGCCGCCGCCGGAGGACGGCGCCGCCCUGCGGGACGGACACGGGGGCCAUGGCCUCACGCGGAGCCCGCCCACCGCCGCCCCAGGCCACGGAUGGCGGCCCGCCCGCCCGCCCCUCUGUACGUAGAUGGACCCGACGGUACUAAACGCGCUGUUUUAACCGGUUAGACUCGCCUCCACGCCCCGUCCCCGGUAGCGGGGUGACCCAGUACUCGCCACGAGCAUGUUGGGCCGGUCUCCCCGGACCGCCGCCUCAUCCGACGCACCAUUUAGCUCCCGAAAGCCAAUUAAAGGAAACUGAAGUAACACUCGUUUGAAAGAGAUCAUUAAAUGUAUUUUGCAAAGCCUAAAGUUAUAUAUUUAACAGUUUUUAUAUGUUGUAUAUUUGUAGAAAAUCCUAUUUAACAAUCCACGGGGUGGCCCUGGCCGAGGCCACGUGCCCCCGGGGGCCUCGGGGGCGGCGCGGCGGGCAGGACGGGGCGGCGGGUGAGCGGAGGGCGGGGGGCGCCCGGGCAGGCCGAGUCCUGGCGCCUGGACCCUGUGCAGAGCCGGUCCCCUCGGCCUCUGUCUUGGUGGCCACUGUGUGUACAGAGCUUGGAUGUCACCUCUCCCGGAGGGCCGUGUCCCCCUCCUCAGCCGUCACGUCCACAGACCCUGAGGGCAGCGGGCCGCCCCUCCCUCCGUCCCUGCCCGGACACCCCGACUGUCCCCCCCCCGGUCUCCACGGCAGGAGGUCGGGGCGCGGGUCUGGGCCUCGGCACGCAACUCGGCAGGAGCCCCGCCUCCCGAGCCCUCCCACCUGGGAGGCGGACCACCAGGCCCCACGAGGGGGCACCGCCGUGUCCCUCGCUGCCCUGGCCCUGCCCUGCCAGGCCCCUCCGUCUCCCGGAGUCCCGGGGACGCAUACUACCUACGAGUCCGAUUAACAGGCGUGUUAUGCUAGUUCUCUGCUACUAAACAGAAGGGGGAAAUUACUAUAUAGCCACUGUUCCCGCCACCUGUAGACUAAACAUAGGACAGGAAUCCAUUUAUUUAAGAUCCGUCCCAGCGUCUGCGAGUAUUUAAGUUACCUUUCAGCCACCACAGACUUCGGCAUGUGUCUCGGCGUGCAGGCACCGGUGGAGGGGCGGCCCUCUGGGCAGGGCGGCGGUGGCGGCGGGGAGUCCGCCCGGGGCGCUGUCCCCGGCGGCCGGCCGGGCAGGAGGCCCGCGGAGGCCGGAGCAGCCCAGACGUCCCGGCCGGGGCGGCCGCCCCCCUCUCGCCUGCUGCUUCCGAUGGGGAGUGUAGCCACCUUCGAGGGCAGAGGCCGGGAGAUUUGAGAUGUUACAGCCAUUUCUUUUCUUGUUUUACAGUAUUCGAUUUUGUGUUGAUUCAGCUAAAUUAUGAAAA